GCAAGAAGUCUUAGGGAGGCUGUUUUGCUUAAUUAUCAGUGAGGCAGGCAGUCAUCCUGAAGGGACUCGAACUGUGCCGAACAUCGUCAAGCUAACAAGAGGAAGAGUGAAUGUGAAGAAACAAGGAAAGGGGAGGCUGGGCUGUCAAUCCAUUUAUGGAAAUAGUACAGCCUUCCUGGACCUAGUUCAGCAGGGACUCUGGGACUGGAAAAGUGAUCUGCUGCCUUCGAUCUGGCAAGUAAUUGCAACGGCAUGCUGUCUUUUGUGGCUGUGUGCAUGCAGGCAAUUUAGGAACAAAAAGCUAAGGACUGGCAGCUGCAGGAACGCUCUUCUGAGCUUCACAGAUAAUGAAAAUUAUAUAAGCUUCUGUGACUGAGAAUGGCUGGGUUUUACAACUGUUUGAAAGGCAAGAAUGAGUGUACUAUAUUGCCAGAUGGGUCUUCACCUGUCAGUCAGAGCCCUGAGAUGGAAGAUGAGACCACUGAAGACUUGUCAGGGAAAAAGAAAUCCAAAUUCCAAAGCUUAAAAAAAUUAUUUGCUAAGAAGAAGAAAAAAGAGCCUCUGACUCCCAUAGGGGAUAACAUCUUGAAACCUUGUCACUCUAGCACCGAUGUCAGCAUCCCAGGAACCUUAGAUGUCGGCUUGGAAAGUGAGCCAGGCUCCAAAGGCAACAUGGGAAAUAAAGCUCUGUCUCAUGACAGUGUCUUCAUUACAGAGUCCCUGGCAGCUGAAGACAUAAGUGGCCAAGGGUCAUCUCAGGAAAACAUACCAAGCAAUGUAAAGGCUUUACAGCUCCAGUUACAGCAGAAUAUCAGGCUUGUUUCUCCUGCACUGGGGAUUGUAAACAAAAGGUCCGAUGAUACUGGGGCUAUGUCAGAGGAUGAUGGCUUACCCAGAAGUCCUCCAGAAAUCUCCACCUUGCAUGAUGUUAUCAUGGGGUCAUCAGGCAUGGCUAAAUCCCCAGUUCAGCGGAACAGCUCAUUAAGCUUAGGUGGAACAGACAGCGAGGAAGAACAGCUAUCCUCAGAAACCCCUUCCAGACCUACCAGUGUCGUGCCUUCUUUGACAACUGUCACUUCAACUCCACCACUUUACAACUUGGUCCCUGUUGACUUCAGUACCCCUGCCAGCUCGGACAGCUGCCUGGACAGUUCUGCAGCUAAACACAAGAUUAGUGUAAAACCCAACAAACAAAGGACAGCAGCCAAACGAAACUUGCAUUUCAGUGAAAAGCCUGAAGCAGUGAAUGAACAACAUGUCCUGCUGGAUAAACAAGAAGAAAAGAAGGAUCAAGUCGUAUUAAAAGAAGAAGAAGAAGAUGCAAAAGACCAAAGUAAGGAACUUGAAGGUUUGCCAUCAGAAAUAGAUAAGGCCGCUACGGAUAGUAAUGAAACCAAAGAGGCUGAACUGGAGAGUGAACCUCCUAUUGUUACAGCUAAAUCUACUUUUGAUGAUGGUGAUGAAUGCCAGCCCACAGAGAGUGAUCAAUAUAGCACUGACAAAACAGCAGUCGUGUCACAAGAAUCCACAGAAUCCACUACUACAGAUGGCCAAAACAUCACGUGUUCAUCCUUGGACGAAGCAACACGACAAAGUUACACACCUCAAGAGGAGGCUGCUCCUAUUUCUGAUCCUGCCAGCGCAGAAGAGCCACAAGUCUCUGACUUGAUGGAAGACACUCCCUGUCUUGUGGGCAUCCCACAAUAUGAACAACAUAUACCACGUUCACCUAGCUGCCAGGAUUUAGCAUUUCUUUCAAAGGAAGCAGCACCAAACACAGACACUCAAAUAUCAGAAAAUUCUGAGUUAUUGCCAGCAACUUCAGAACUUGUUGAACUUCCAGCAUACAAUAGUACAGUGCCUUCUGUCACAAAUGAGUUUCUGUAUGACAGUAAUGAAGACAUCAAUGCAAAGAAGGAAGACACAGCAACUUCUUCAGAUGCAUGUGAAGUGUCGGAGUCAUGCAAUGUAGUGGGCAUUGUUUCUGAUAAAAUACCUGACUCAGCAUUUGAAAGUGACCUUAAAAUGAAAGAACCUAUAGGCAAAUCAGUAGUGACAGUAGUUCUGGAAAGCAAUUCAGUUUUGCAAGGGGGCCCUCAGGAAGAAUUGGCCCAAGUAGCAACAGAUUUGCCUACAUCUUCACUUCAGAGUUUCAGUGAAGACUCAAAUGGUAGCUCAGUAAAACAAUGCAGUGUUGCAGCAGUGGACCAAACCGAUAAUGAGCCCAUAAGUUUCUUGACUCAGUUUGAAGCCACAAGUCCUGAGUCUUGUUCUUCUCACAAUACAGAUAGCUCUUUCCAAGGACAGCUGCAGAUUUCUAAUGAGGAAGGCAGUUCUAGUCAAGAGGAAAUGCUUUCAUCUUUGUCUGAUAAAGAAGAAAGCAGCAGAUGCAUUAAGGAAAAAGUAGAACAUGAUGAAAAAUCUUCUGCUAAACCUGUCAGAUUCACAAUUGCCCCUGCAUGGCAAAGAUCCCUCCCAGGAGGGGCAAAUAUUAAAGAAGAACUAAUUGCCGGUGGUGCUGCAUCCUCAAGUAUAAAACCAGAAUUAUUUGAAGCUGUUACCAAGGACAAUGAGUCCACAGAAACAGACAUUUCAGGAGUUUUAAAAACAAAGGCAGGGCUCAUUGAAGACAGAAGCAAGGAAAAGGCUGUCACAGAAAGCCUUGAUAGGGAAUUACUUACUGAGGAUCCCCAACAUGCUGAAAAUGUCUUUGGAGUUAAGCUAAGACGAACAUCCUCAUUACUGAAAUACCAUGAAAGUGAAACUGAGCUUCCGAGGAAUAUAAACUUACCUUCACAAACAGGCAUUGUCUCCUCUGCAACAGAGCCAUCACAGGAUGGUGCAAAACCAGUGCAGGCUACAGUAAAUAGCAGUAAAUCUUCAUCAGUAAGCAGGCCAGAGGAACAAGAAAAAAAUGAGCCACAUACCAGUUCAACAAAGCAGCAACCCCCCAAAGUCUCAGAUCGUAUUCCAGAUAAAACUGUGAAGGUUCCAUCUCCUGAACCGGAAUGGGUAUCCAUGGCUAAACAGAAGCAGAAGGAUUUCCAAGGUCAUCAGCUGUUCAAGAAACAAAGAAGUGAAGAGAGACGUCUAUCAAAAAUGGAAACACAGCAACAGGAAAUGUCAAUUUUGAAAGAAAAUAUUCAGAGAAGAAACUUUGCAUCUACUUCUGUUACUAGAGAAAUGGAACAUAAGAGCACAACCGGUUCAGCUGCGGCAGCUACUACAAAUCGACACUGUUAUCAGGAGAUGACACAGACCUCUACCACUAAUGAACAGGAAGGAAAACGAUCGACAAGGAUAAAUUCACUUCCUCAUGAUCCCGUUGAACCUUCUUGGCUUUCCCUGGCAAAGAAAAAAUCCAAAGCAUGGAGUGACAGACCUCAGAUUGUUCAGUAGGAGACAAUGCAAAGAAAAUAAACUAAUGUCUUAGCAGUUCUUGUAUUUGCACUGUGAACAAAUGCAUUCCAGAACCAAACAGCCAACUUGUGUGAAAUAUUUAGUACACAAACGUGUUAGGCUGUGAAAUCUGUGACAUGUUUUGGUUGUAAAAUGAUGGUUAGAAAGUGGCAUUUUCAGUAACUGCUGGUAUUCCAAAAGUAUUAAACUGAAUAAAAAGUGCAUAGAACAAUUUAAGGACUAUACUCCAGAA